AUGGCAGGGAACGGGCCAUUCAUACUGGAUUCUGCAAUCCUAGGGACGCAGGAGUUCAACUGCAGUACCAUCCGUGGCAAAUAUGCACCAGCGGGGCCCCUGUCCCAGACGACCAAACGGCAGACCGGUGGCGUACCAUCGUUCAUUGCAGCCUUACCUAGGCAUCUUGAACCAGCCACCAUUGAAUUUCUUGCCAGCAAAGGUGUAUUCGAAGUUCCAUCGAGGACGGUUGUGAGACAGUUUUACUCGGUAUAUUGGAACACCAUCCACCCAAUUUUCCCCGUCCUGCAUCCAGAGGGCGUUGCGCUGGCUUCACCUCCUGCUGCAGUCCCGAAUAAUAAGGGAAACCCCCGUCCCAGCUUGUUGGAGGUACAUACCAUCAUGAUGGCUGUUUGUCCCUUUGCGCCGGCCUCUCUUCUACAGAAGCUUGGACACAAUAACGCCCAAGAUGCUCAGCAGCUUUGCUAUGAGCGCGUCAGGCAUCUCCUACAUUGCGAUGUUGAAUCUGAUCCCAUCGCCCGUUUACAGGCCCUCUUACUUAUGACGCAAAGUACUGAGGUAAGAGAUGGUGCAAGAGAUUGCUGCUUCUGGUCCGGGACUGCACUCGCCUAUGCCGAGUCCCUCGACCUCUUGAAAAUGGCGCGUGCUACAAAAGAUGCCAAAGACAAGGGAUUUUUGCACAGCUUAUGGUGUUGCUGCUUCGUCAGCGAGACCAUUUUCGCCUUCAGUCGGCGGCGGGCGCCCAAAAUGCGAAUGGAUCUCGAGUGUGAGCAAGCUCUGCGAUCACCUGAGUUCAACGACCAGAGAUUACCAGUUGCGAGCGUGGAAUCAUCGCCAUGCAAUCCCGCCGGUGCUACAGCGCAUCCCAUGGAACCCUUUGGGAAUCUCGUGCGCUUAAUGUCUCAUAUCAAUUACAUGCUCUCAAUAAAGCACGCUGCUCCAUAUCCGUCAAGUCACCACGAUACUAUCGCACUUGGGAGUGAGACGGGCUCUUUCAUGGCUCUCACGAGUCCUGAACUGGAAAACUGUCGCAGUCAAUUGCAGAAGAACGCAAAAAUCUUGUCUGAGAAGCUCAGACAAUCACCAGAUGAACGUUCCCCGUCGGAUGCUGGACCACGUGCAGCAUCUGAGAGCCUUUUCUUGCGGAUGCUCAUGGCGGCUGCAGACUGCGUGUUUUACUUUGACCCAAGGUGCACAUUGCGGUGCCGUCAUACAGCAAAUGAGAGAGUGAAUUGCAGGAAGCUUAGAAAGAGAGCCUGCGAUGCUGCACAUCAGAGUUCUCAACUAGCCAAAGAUGCGUUGGGUUCACAAUGUCCGUAUUUUAUGCCGGCUUGGAGCCUCCAUUUUCUCUUGCCUCCCGUGACAAUCUUAAUCCUUGAGGCCAAAUCAUCCAACGGAGAGGCACACGACCUAGCGAUCCAAAGGUUGGUAUCUCUGACGGGACUUCUGCAAAUGCUCGGAAAGAGAUUUACGGCUGUUCAACGGGCUGUUACAUUGUUGGAGGCUGCUAUCAAGAGUGCUGGCGGGCCUUUACAAACACUGGGAAUCCCUCCACGAGACGGUACGUCACAUCAUAUCUCUGGAGAAGCCCGCAACAUCAACUCUUUUGCCAACGGUUUUUCAGUCUUUCCGACACACCUGGAGUCCCUUAGCCCGGUCACUGAAGACGGAAAGAAUUCCAGGCAAGGGAGGGCGAUAGGCGGGGAACAAUUUAGCCCCAACCAUUUUGAGUGGAUUCGAGCAGCCAAUGUCUCGACAUCACCUGCAGUGGCAGGGAGUCCAGUACGAAAGGCCGCAGGCCAGGACAUCGAAGGCCUCUCAUCGUCUUAUCUCUUCGAGCUCGAGGACCGCUAUGUCGAGCAACUCAACGUCGCCAGUGACACGGUGUUUGGAAGUUGGUCGUCCCCUUCAUCGGCUGACCCUUACACCCAGCAGUGUCUCCAGCCGACCCUUAAAGAAUUCACCGCAGCUGACGACAUCACAUCACCUUGGCUAGGUGGAUGGGAAGACCUUUUGCAGAGCCAAACCUAG